AUGGGCGACCAGCAACAACAAUUCAAUUCACCUCUCCGACAGGAAACUCCACAACAGCAACAUCUGCAUCUAGCAUCCAAUCAAUUUCCUCAAGGUUCCGUGCCAUCUCUACAACCUCAAACACCUUCCCUCCAACAAAAAUUCGCAAACCAAUUUAAUCCCGUUCAAG